CAUCAACACUAGACUAUUAGCUGCUAGUAAGCUACCCUUCCCCGGCAAGAGCAGAGAUCAAUCUCUACCUGCUGGUGCGUGUGAGUGUAGUAAUUUACAUACGCUACCUUAAUCAACAAAUCAAUGGCUCCUCUGGUUUUUCAUCUCCCCGUUGUCACUCUCCUGGCUCUCUUCCCUCUUCUGCUCAACCCUUGCUUCUGCUUCCACCCUAAGAGCUUCAAUUUAUCGACCCCCCAAUGGGCCCAAUCUUACGACUCCGGCGACUGGUCCACCGGCCAGGCCACCUGGUAUGGCGGCGCCAACGGUGACGGCAGCGACGGCGGUGCAUGUGGGUAUGGGAAUGCUGUAGGACAAGCCCCAUUCUCUUCUAUGAUAGCUGCCGGAGGCCCUUCUAUUUACGAUUCCGGCAAGGGCUGCGGAGCUUGCUAUGAGGUAAAAUGCACGGCAAAUGCGGCAUGCUCGGGGAAUCCAGUGACCGUAGUGAUUACGGAUGACUGUCCAGGAUGUGACUCGUCCCAAGCUCACUUUGAUCUCAGCGGGACUGCCUUCGGCGCCAUGGCCGUUUCCAACGACCGCCGCGACAACUUGCGCAACGCCGGGGUCCUCCCCAUUCAAUAUAGAAGAGUCGCAUGCAACUACCCUGGUAAGUCUGUGACAUUCCACGUCGACGCGGGUUCGAACCCCAACUACUUUGCAACUCUGAUUGAGUACGAGGACGGCGACGGAGACCUCGCCAGCGUCGACCUCCGGGAGGCUGGCGGCUCCGGCACCUGGCUCUCCAUGCAAGAGUCAUGGGGUGCAGUCUGGAAGCUCAACUCCGGCUCGACAUUGCAACCCCCUUUCACCAUCCGGCUUACCUCCGGCGAGUCCGGCAAGACUCUUGUUGCUUCCAACGUGAUCCCCACCGGGUGGCAGGCCGGACAAACUUACCGAUCUUUGGUUAAUUUUAACCCAAAUUAGCUAAAAUAUUGUAGCCGACCGAUCGAGGAUAUAUACUAGUAAUUUUCCGGCGAACUUAUUGAGUGUGGAAACGCUAGUCAAAUUUGAUAGACUAGCAAAGUUUGUCAUCUUAUCCCAAGUAUUAUGAAUAAAUAAAAUAUCUGAAAUUGGAAACAAA